GAGAGAGAGAGAGAGGAGAGAGAGAGAGACUCUGUCGUCGCCAUUUCAAUCAUGACUCCAGAGGACGAGCUGUGAGUUUGUGCUCCGAGUGAACCCGAAGCCUUCGACACCAGCAGCAGUUUGACCGGAGCUGCACCACCGAGCUCGACCAGAUGGAGGUGAAUGCAGCUGAAAAACGACAUCGAACACGAUCCAAAGGAGUCCGAGUUCCUGUCGAGGCGGCAGCGCAGGAGUUAUUCAGCUGUCCCACCCCGGGCUGCGAUGGCAGCGGUCACGUCAGCGGGAAGUACGCCCGACACCGCAGUGUCUACGGCUGCCCGCUCGCCAAGAAGAGGAAAGCUCUGGAGAAACAACCGCUGGAGCCCACCGCCAAGAGGAGGCCCUUCCUCGCCUCCUCCCCCGAGGAGGAGGAGCACGCCGGCGUCUACCCCGGCUACGAGGCCGACGCCAUGGAGGUGGGAGAGGAGGGGAAGGAGCAGGGGGAGGUGGAGGAGGAGGUAGAGGAGGAGGAAGACGGGGAGGUUGAGGACGAGGAGGGCUUCUCCGAGGACAACGAGGAGCCGGGUGAGGAGGAGGAAGAGGAGGAGGAGGAGGAGGAAGAGGAGGUGGAGAUGGAGAGGGAGGAGGCGGCGGAGGGAAACGAGCGAACGGAAGAAGAAGAGGAGGUGGAGGACGGCGAGGAGGAGGAGGAAGAGGAGGAGCAGGAGGACGAGGGAGACGAAGACGAGCAAGAGGAAGAGGAGGAGGAGGAGGAAGAGGAGGAGGAAGAGGAGGAGCAGAAUCCUGUGCAAGUAGAGAACCGCUACAAAAACGGUGGACAAUCAAAGCUCAUUCCGAUUCAGAAGAACGACAACAACAAUAACAGCUGCGGCGGCGGCGGCGGCACCGGAGAGGAGUACGAGAACUACGACGAGCUGGUCGCCAAGUCGCUGCUCAACCUGGGCAAGAUCGCCGAAGACGCCGCCUACCAGGCCAUGACCGAGUCCGAGAUGAACAGCAACUCGUCCAACAGCGCCGGCGAGGACGAAGACGAGGACGACGACGAGGGCAGCGAGCAGGGCGACAGGAAGGGCGAGCUGAGCGUGGACCUGGACAGCGACGUGGUGAGGGAGACGGUGGACUCCCUGAAGCUCCUGGCGCAGGGCCACGGCACCAUGCUGCCCGACGACGGCUACCCGGACGGCGGCGUGGUGGACGACGGCCACGCCAACGGCCGGCCCGGCCUCGGGGUCAGGUGUCAGGGGGAGGAGAGCGAGGAGGAGGUGUGCCUCAGCAGCCUGGAGUGUCUGAGGAACCAGUGCUUCGAUCUGGCCAGGAAGCUGAGCGAGACGCAGCCGUCGGAUCGGCAAGGCCAGCCCGCCCUCCACCACCUCCUGCAGAUGCCGAACGAGCAGCAGGCGUUGCUGCAGGCGCAUCACAUGACCAGGUACGAGAGCUGCCAGCAGGGCCAGCCGGACGAGCCCCGCCCCCUGGAGCGAAACUACUCCGACAUGGUGAACCUGAUGAAGCUGGAGGAGCAGCUGAGCCCGGCGUCCAGAGGCUACCCGCCCAGCUGCAGCCAGGAGGGCGACGAGGACACCACGUCGGUGGCCUCCGACCGCUCCGACGAGGCCUUCGACAUGACCAAGGGCAACCUGUCGCUGCUGGAGAAGGCCAUCGCGCUCGAGUCGGAGAGGGCCAAGGUCAUGAGGGACCGCAUGGCGUCCGAGCACACGGCGGCGCGCCGGGAGAACCACCACCACCAUCACCACCACCACCACCACCGCGGCCACGGCGAGCACAGCCCGAGGCAGAGCAGCGCCGCCGAGGAGCGCAAGUCCAAGAUGCACCACGACGGGUCCAAGAGGGCGUACUACCCGAAAGAUUCCUCCAGAGGGGAGAAGAAGGAGAGCAAGUGUCCGACGCCGGGCUGUGACGGGACGGGUCACGUGACGGGUCUGUACCCCCACCACCGGAGCCUGUCCGGGUGUCCUCACAAAGACCGGGUCCCGCCUGAGAUUCUUGCCAUGUAUGAAAAUGUGUUAAAGUGCCCGACGCCCGGCUGCUCUGGACGCGGUCAUGUCAAUAGCAACAGGAACUCGCAUCGCAGUCUGUCCGGCUGUCCCAUCGCUGCGGCAGAGAAGAUGGCGAAGGUCCACGAGAAGAGAGACCCGACUGACAGCAGCAGCAGCAAGACCAAUCAGGCGUCAGAUCGCGUCCUCAGGCCGAUGUGUUUCGUCAAGCAGCUGGAGAUUCCUCAGUACGGCUACAAGAACAACGUUCCCACCAGCACGCCGCGCUCCAACCUGGCCAAGGAGCUGGAGAAAUACUCCAAGACCAGCUACGAGUACGGCGGCUACGACGGCCAGCACGGCGUCUACGGCAAGAGAGGCCCGGCCACCAAGUCGCACCACACACGGGACACCUCCCCGAAGGGAUACGACGCUAAGCGCUACUGCAAGACGUCGAGCCCGGCCAGCAGCACGACCAGCAGCUACGCCCCCAGCAGCAGCAGCAGCAGCAGCAGUCUGGGCUGUGGAGGAGGAGGGGGAGGGGGAGGUGGGGGAGCGGGAGGGGGAGGGGGAGGAGGAGGCGGAGGGGGAGGAAGCAGCGCCAGCAGCACCUGCAGUAAGAGCAGCUUCGACUACACCCACGACAUGGAGGCGGCCCACAUGGCGGCCACGGCCAUCCUGAACCUGUCGACGCGCUGCCGCGAGCUGCCUCACACCCUGGGAGGCAAACCGCAGGACCUGCUGAGCCAGAGCCCGGUCGGGGAGCUGGAGGACAGCGGGGCGGUGGACCUGGCGGGGCAGCCCGGCGGUCCGGAGGGCAGCGGGACAGUGCUGACGCCCCUGCAGCCCAUGUCGCCGCAGCGCCAGGCUCUGCUCAGCAGCCGCUGCUACCAGCUGAGCGACACCGACUGCUGGGAUCUGCCCGUCGACUACACCAAGAUCAAACGGCUGGGAGACGAGCCCGACCACAAAGAGUCUUCCUAUUUCUCGUCCCUGCACCAGAGCGACGAGCUGGACCCCUUCCAGGACCUGCUGGAGGAGCAGCGCUACCCGGCCGAGGUCACCAUGCCCAGCCCCAAACACAAGUACCCGUCCUGCAAGGAGAGCAAGAAGGAGCUCAUCACGCUGUCCAGCUGCCAGCUCGCCGACAAGAACAUCCGCGGGAUGAUGAGCAGCAACUCACAAGACCUCAAGUGUCCGACGCCCGGCUGCGACGGCUCUGGACACAUCACAGGAAACUACGCCUCCCACAGGAGUCUGUCCGGCUGUCCUCGAGCCAAGAAGAGCGGCAUCAAGAUCCUGCACAGCAAAGAGGACAAGGAGGACCAGGAGCCAAUCAGGUGUCCGGUCCCGGGCUGUGACGGACAGGGUCAUGUGACGGGGAAGUACGCGUCGCACCGCAGUGCGUCCGGCUGCCCGCUGGCGGCCAAGCGGCAGAAGGACGGCUACGUCAACGGCUCGCAGUUCGUCUGGAAGUCGGGGAAGACGGACGGCAUGACGUGUCCGACGCCGGGCUGCGACGGAUCAGGACACGUCAGCGGCAGCUUCCUGACGCACCGCAGUCUCUCCGGGUGUCCUCGUGCCACCUCGGCCAUGAAGAAGGCGAGGAUGAGCGGCGUGGAGAUGCUGACAAUCAAGCAAAGAGCGAGCAAAGGCAUCGAAAACGAUGAAGAAAUCAAGCAGCUCGACGAAGAAAUCAAAGAUUUGAACGAGUCCAACAAUCAAGUGGAAUCAGACAUGAUCAAACUGAGGACACAGAUCACCACCAUGGAGACGAACCUCAAGUCCAUCGAGGAGGAGAACAAGGUGAUCGAGCAGCAGAACGACUCACUGCUGCACGAGCUGGCCAACCUCAGCCAGUCGCUCAUCAACAGCUUAGCCAACAUCCAGCUGCCGCACAUGAGACCGCUGCCACAGAAAGAGGCUCCAGUAAAGCAUAACUGCUGUUUGCAGAUGCCUCCCAGAGAGCCAAUGAAUGAACAGAACUUUGACACGUAUGUGAGUACUUUAACAGACAUGUACACCCACCAGGACCAGUACCAGAGCCCGGAGAACAAGGCGCUGCUGGAGAACAUCAAACAGGCCGUCCAGGGCAUCCAGGUGUAGCCGAGGCCAAACCGACCACAUGCAACGCAAAAAAGAAAACAACAAAAGACAAAAAAAACAAAAAAAAAAUCCCAAAAAACGUCCAAAAGAGGGGAAUGGGUUGUUUUUUGCUGCUGUAAUCUACCAUUUUUUAAUUUAAUUUACUCCACUGUUAUGCUCUCAACUCCAUGGGUAUCUUUGUUAUUUUUUUGGUUUGUUUGUUUGUUUAUUUUUUAGGUUUUGUUUGUUGUUGCCUUGCUUUGAAAAAUACCUGCCAGCGGCGAAGGUUUUAAACGAAACAUUCACGUUUUGUACAUUUUCAUAUGACCUAAUAUAAUGUGAUGUACUGUUUAUAGCUGCUAAUGUAUGCACAUUCUAGUGUAUAUGUAUUUAUUGACUGUAAGCUUGAAUCAUUUUUUUUUUUCCUUUUUUUAAAUUUCGACGCGAUUUUUGCGGACAAACGGUCAAACCGGGCGUCACGGGUUUAAGGGGAAUGUGAGGAGCGGCGGCGUCCCGGCAGGCUUCGCUCAGCGGGAGGCCGCCGGGGCGCCGCUCGUUUCGCAGGAUGUAAAUUAUAUCGAUUUUUGUAACCAUGUUUGAAAGCUACGUCGUCAGUGGUCUGUAAUACUACCGUCUGUGUUCAAACUUCAAACUAGGAGAAGAAAACGUUGCUAUAUAUAUAUAUACACGAGGAGAUUUCAAACAUCAUGACACGGAAACGUACUGGUGCAGAUCCCAUCGUCCCCCAGCAGAGUAGAUUUAGUUUCAAACGUCCCGAACCGUCGCCGAAACUUCUCCUCUGUUCACUCACAGAACGAAGCGGGAGGAAAAAACGUAGGAGACAAUCUGCCAUUAUGAAUUUAUUUUGAUCAUCAACCUCGACUAGCUACUAGGAGAACUUAUCAGCAAUAUUGGUAUGAUGAUAUUAAACCACUUGUUUAGAUAUGGGAUGCAAUCUAUAUGAAAAAAAGUUUGGGUAUAUGCAAUUUCUUAUGAAUAAAACUAGCGAAGAGCUGAUAGAUCUUUUUACUGAAUAUAAAUGUAUUGCGUUUUGUACAAACCUUUUACUACAAUCAUGUUUUAGGAAUCGGACGCGGGUGCGAGGCGGAGGACUUCGGUCGUGUCAUGUUGGACUUUGCACAGUGACGCCUUUGUUUCCAUGUUUUGAUGUUUUUACUGUCGACCGAGACGGCGAGCGGAUUUGUAGAUACGAUUUUUUUUUUUUUUUGGAAAGGCUGACGGCUCCAUUGGACUUAAACAGGGUCAAACGUCGCCAUCCAUCGUCGUUCAACAAAAAAAAAAAAAAGAAAAGAAA